CUAGGGCAAAUCACCAACUCUUCACGACAUCAUCUUCUUCGCUGCCUCUGCAACCCAAACAAAAUUCAAGUCGUGGUGCUGCCAGAGCAGAGCAGCUGCGUCUGGAAGAAGUUUAGAGAGCAGCGCAAGGCAAGCCUACAGGGGACUUUCAUAGAGCACCUUGCACACAAGGGGUCGCUCAGAUAACGGCCAAGCUGUCCUGCAACCGGUCCCUCUUUCUCUCUCUCUCUCUCUCUCUCUUAGCUGAGCAACAGUCGGCGAUUGCCACUGCCUCCCUGAAGCUGUCAAAGAAGAUGUUUUUCCAUAUAGUGUUGGAAAGAAACAUGCAGCUUCAUCCUCGUCACUUUGGCCGCAAUCUCCGUGAAAAUCUAGUGGCCAAGCUCAUGAAAGAUGUUGAAGGCACUUGCAGUGGUCAACAUGGGUUUGUGGUUGCAAUUACGGGCAUAGAAAACAUUGGGAAGGGCCUGAUUCGCGAUGGGACAGGGUUUGUCACAUUCCCUGUGAAGUACCAGUGUGUUGUUUUCAGACCAUUCAAAGGAGAGAUCUUAGAAGCUGUUGUUACUAUGGUGAACAAGAUGGGAUUUUUUGCUGAGGCUGGUCCUGUUCAAAUCUUUGUUUCAAACCAUUUGAUACCGGAUGAUAUGGAGUUCCAAUCUGGAGAUAUGCCAAAUUAUACAACAUCAGAUGGAUCAGUUAAAAUUCAGAAAGAUAGCGAAGUUCGGUUAAAGAUAAUUGGAACCCGAGUGGAUGCUACUGAAAUUUUCUGCAUUGGUACAAUAAAGGAUGAUUUCUUGGGUGUGAUAAACGAUCCUGCGACUGCUUAGUGAAGUUGGGAGUUCUGCAUGCAUGAUGGGCUUUUGCCUGUUUUCCUUGUGGUUCUGUUGAAUAGCUCAGUAGCGUGGAUGUUUUGUUUUUAACUGGGGAAGCUUUUACACAUGCUUGUAAUCCUAUCCUACAUUUCCAUGAGUGUAAUAUAAUAAUUCGGCCCUUAUAUUUUCAUCUUAUUUCUCCUCACAACAUUCUUAUCUCAUUUGUACGUUUCUCGUUUUGUUGGUCUGAUUUGUGUUCUAAAGGAUGAACUAUGACAGAAGAUAUAAGUUCUCAACUUAUUUGUUAAAUGUGUAAUCUUGGUGGGCUUCAUGUUUGUUAAAUCCUGAUUAUUUGUUAAAUGUGUAUUCAUUCUGGUUUGGAGCUGAGAAAAUCGAAAGGGGAUAAAAUUGCUUUCCCUCCGCCUCCUGCAUUUUGUUCUGGCUCCGGAUCCUGCAAGUCACUUGAGUCGCUUUUUAGUCUGCGGGCUAGUAGCAUCAUCUGCAAUAGUGCCAUAUUUAACAUUGUCCUCAAGAGCUUCAACUGUUGAACAAACUCUGCCAUCCUUACACUUGAAGUGGCAUAAUCAAGUUAUCAGAGUAGUUUGUACAAUUUGUGUGAUGUUUAUGUGAAUCUUGCGCUAACAUAUCCGUAUUUUCUGAGCUUUAUUGUUAGUCUGACUCUGCAUUUAGUAACUUAAUGCUAACGUAAUGAAUUUGCAGCUUAUUGGCGUUCCUGAUCAAGCUGAAAAAGAUGAGGUUGUUAAAUCAGUGAUGGAUUUGAAAAGUGCUGAAAUUGAAGAAGGGUCUUUUAAUGGAUGUGAGAGAUAAGCUUCUUUUUGAACCAGAAUAUGCUGGUAAUAUUAAGGAAAAGAUCCCACCUAAAUCUUCCCUACGAAUCCCUUGGGCUUGGUUGCCAGGUGCUCUUUGCCUUCUUCAAGAGGUUAGAGAAGUUAAGCUUGUGCAAGAUAUUGGUCGUGUAGCUGUUCAGCAUCCAGAUGCUAAGCUGUGUGUUCAUGAUCUUCUUCUUUCUAUGGCACUAGCAGAAGUAAGGCAUAUCAGCAAAGAGGAAAGUGGAACUGAGAAGCCUAUUGUUGCUUUUAUUGCUGGACUAACUGCUCCUCCUGGCCUUCGUAUGGGUCAUGCUGGAGCUAUUGUGUCAGGGGGGAAGGGUACAGCACAAGACAAAAUCAAGACCCUUAGGGAAGCUGGGGUGACAGUGGUGGAGUCUCCAGCAAAAAUAGGGGUUGCGAUGCUUGACGUCUUCAAACAGAGGGGCCUUGUGAAUUAGCUUGGACAAUAGCUGUUCAUUUGCAGUCACCUGCCUAUAAUGUUUUAUGGCAAGAUGCCCAAAACAUGUUUAUCUCCAAUUCUUCACUGAUUAUAACUGUGGUAGAGCAUUUGAGUGCCCAGAGUUUCCCCUGCCGUUUGCCACAUUGGGUGGUGUUUGGGGAUCCAUUAAUUUGUUUAUGAGAUUGUUUUCAUACAUGAUGAAGUGAUUUUGAAGGGUGUCCAGGAUACAAAUAUAAUCUCUUGCAAUAGAGCUGAGGGCAUGGUUGACAGAUUA